UAUACCACUACUCCGCCGCGCUGCGCUCCAUGGCCGACACGGUCUCGGCUACCGACGGGAAUACGGACCCUCCGCCGCCGGGUCAGGAUAUGGACGCCAUCCUGACGGCGCUGUGGCUCAUGUGCAUCUACGAGCAGCAGUUUGGCGACUCCAGGUGUCUGGGAUAUGCGAACCACUUGAUGGGCGCGGCGUCGUUCCUGCAGCACCAGCAGCGGAGCUUGCGGAGGCUCAAGCCUCCCCUGACGCCGAGGAUGGUUGUGGAUGACGAUAGCGAUGAUGAUAGUGAGGAAGAGGAGGACGGGGACGAGGAUGAGGAUGAUGACGGCGACGGCGACGGCGACGAGUCGGGAACUAGGGAUGGAGAGGGGAAUGAAACGGAGGACGACCAAGAGGUGGAAACAGAGGCAGAGGAGUCAGACGAAGAGCAGGAGCCGACAGCAUUGGCGAGACACAACACCGCACAGGGGAAGGAACCCAGGCUGUCCGUCUUUUCGGCGCGCAUCCUCGUCUGGCUGUCCCUGCACGACUCCGCUGCCGCUUCGAGCGGCCUGGGCGGACACUUGAACACGAUGAUGUAUCGCAUUCUAGGCAGCCAGGACGGCGAAAGUAGUUCACAUAUCAACAGAUCGUCAGGGGCGGCCUCGCCAAUGACGAGAUCACCGCCGCCGGCACCGUGGGUCCCAGUCACACCACCCGUCAACCCGACCGAUACCUUCCGUGACCUCUACCGCUACUCGAACCCUCUGUACCGGAGCAUGUGGGGUGACGCCUACCCGCAGGCCGAGCUGCUCGACGACGUCGAGAACCGCGCCAUCUUUGGGUUCCUGGCCAACACGAACCAGCUGCGUUUCCUUGUCGCUCAGCUCGCCGACGAAGCCGCUGGCAGUGGUGGUGGCGACGCCCCUAAAAGCGGCAGCAGCAGCACACCCAGCUUCGCGACCCGUGCGGCCCAGGUUGACGCCGAGAUCCGGCGCGUGGGGUACGAGAGCACCGAGCUGCUCGAGGUGGCGUGUGGCUUGUCGCCCGAGACGGACAACUCGCACCGGCUGGUCGCGAAUAUCCGGACCAUCGUGCCGCUGUACCACGCCGUCAUUCUUGAUUACUUGCGAGUGGUAGAGCUCUACAGCGGCGGUGGCGGCGGCGUCCGGAGUAAAAAGGCUGCCAGGGCAAGGGGCGCCGUGGGAGGGAAGAGCAAGCCGAACAGGACCAAGACAGCAGGAGGAAGAGGAGGAGCAGCACCAGCAAAGGCUCGAAUAGCAGCACAGCGCCGCCGCGAGCGUGCCAUCGCGGCGACGAUGAAUCUCGCGUACCAGACGUACCGGCACGGCGGGGACGAGCUGCUGACCAAGAUUGCGUGGCCGCUGUUCAUGGUCGCGAUCGAGGAGGACCCUCUACCAAUACACGGUGCCGGCGUCGGACAUGAUCAGAACCCCCGCCAACCCCAACAUAGAGAGUGGAUCCUCCAGCGCUUUGAAGCUUUCGGCGCGUACGGGGAUAACUUUGUGCGGGCGGCGCGGUUCCUCAGGGAGAGGAUGCUGCCGCUGCAGGAUCAGCUGGGGCAGCGGGGGGUCGAUUGGCGGGCCGUGAUGAGAGAGGGAGACAUCUUCAUCCUGGGCAUCUGACUGUCAUAUCUGACAUGGGACAAGACGAGGUGUGGAGCCGGGAAGGAUGAGAUGUUGUAAUGAAUCGAGAAUAAUGUAAGAAAUAGAACAAUA